AUGCCAGACUCUCAGUCUUCAAGCACGGCGACGCCUUCAGAUAGCUCCCGCGAUACAGGGUUUAUACCAGGUGACGAUACAUGGACCCAAUGGCGCAACGUUUUUGCUAUCCUGUCGGGGAAGAUGACGGACAAGGGAAAGGAAGAAUUCCGCGUGGCAAGAGAUAUUCGGAAUGAGGCUGCGGAUUGCAAACGCUGUGAGGACCAGCGAGAUUACCUAUUACAAUGGAGCCCUGUCAUCCGCUAUUUGAGCGAUGGCAUUCGACAACUCGGAGGUGACCUUUCCAGCCAUAAUAUCUACUGCCGUCGAUGCACGAAUAGAAAAGCGGGAGGGUUUGACCCCGAGUACGGAAUACUUCUUUGUGCAAACGAAAUGAAAGAUCAAGGACACCUUGAGGACACAAUGGCCCAUGAAAUGGUUCAUGCUUUUGACCAUCUUAGGUUCAAAGUCAACUGGACGGACAAUCUUCGACACGCUGCCUGUACAGAGAUUCGCGCCAGUUCACUCAGCGGUGAAUGCAGAUGGGCGCGAGAGUUCUUUCGUCGAGGUCAAUGGAAGUUCACGCAACAACAUCAGGAAUGUGUGCGGAGAAGGGCCAUUCUAUCAGUGCGGGCAAGACCCACAUGCAAAGACGAGGCGCAUGCGACCAGAGUCGUCAAUGAGGUCUGGGACAGUUGUUUCCGGGACACGCGACCUUUCGAUGAGAUUUAUCGAUGA